AGACAUGUGACAAAUGAUCAAAAUUAUUCUAUACGAUUAAUGCGGUUAGAAUUCCUUGCUAUGUACAAAACUUGAGUUGGAUCAUUUUGUUUCAAUGGCACCUAAAGCAAAUAAAGAGUGUUCGGAUGAUCUCGACGGAAGCAGUGACUCUGGGCCAACUCGUGUAUAUGCACCCUCAGAUCCACAGCGACUAUGUGUAGUGUGCGGAGCAUGUGCUUCUGGGCGUCACUUUGGUGCGUAUACUUGCGAGUCAUGCAAGUUGUUUUUCCUGCGUUUAACUCAAGGAAAAAACGCCAGACCUCUGAAAUGUGGAAAUGACGAAAGAUGUAACUUGGAGUCAAGAUUGAGAUCUGUUUGUCGUCUCUGUCGCUACAAAAAGUGCAUCGAAUCUGGAAUGUCAAAAGAUCGCAUUGUGUACGGAAGAAAUGCCAGAAGUUCACAGAAAUAUAGUACACCUAGAAAACAAAGGAUUCACUCAGCACCUAUAAUUCAUUCGAGCUCUCAAGUCAUGAGACCGGAUGCUGGAUUUCAGUGCUUCAGUAACCCUGGAAGUGCUCCAACAAUUUCAAACCAAAGUUCCCCAUCCACAUCGACUUCUUAUGGAAGUUCAACGCGCUCCGUCAUGUUAACUGACUGUUCGCAAGAAAAUGUUGUGAAUACCAGUAUGGUAGAUGACACACCCCCUGCAGAUUUGCCCGGUAUUGAGGGCGAACUGUUUCUGGAAUUGCCUGACCCAGAUUGUUUUCAGCCAGCCGAAAUACAGCCUCCUUACAUCAGAACUAAACAGGAAAGAAGUUUUUCUCCCGAACUGUUCGACUGGCUCCCUGGACAGACGAAAGAUCCCGAUGAUCAUAAAUCGAGUCCCAAGCAGGAGAACAAUAACCAAUGUUGCAAUAUGAGCGCAGAAAAAUCUGGUCGAGAAAAAUUGACCAACCAACCUGUACCAAUAAAUCCGUUAAACUACUGCCAUUUAUCACACGAAGAGUGCGAGAGGUUCGCAAACUGCUACAAUAUCUUUACCGUCCUAAGCACAAAUUGGCUGCCGAAAAUUGAACUGUCGUGCACUCAUAGCGACCUCGGGGUUUGUUUGCAGGAGGUACAAUCGUUCACACUUCAAUUCAUCAGCUUCGAGUUUUUACCUGGCAGUUUAGCUUUUCAAAAUCUAGCAAAGAUGUCCUGCAAUUUUUCCUCUUUCAAUCAAUUCGAUGUAGCCGACCCGGGAAAGGUAAUUUUCCCGAUCAUGUCCGUGCUCCUUGUCUUGCCCUUUGUUGACGUCCUGUACAAACGAAUGGAACAUAAUGAUGGCUGUUUCGAUGAUUGUUUGCUCCUCGGAUCUCGAAAGUUCUGGGGCGCUGUGAAUGCCCUGAGAAAGCUGCAAAUGACCCAGUGUGAGUAUGCUACACUGCUGAAUUACUUCGCGGUUCAAAUGUACGCGGCCGAGCCGACUAAGCAACACUUCCUGCGAACCCACCGAGAAGUUGAUGUUAUCAAAUCGGAGGCCAACCAGAAGUGUUGUCCGCAUGACUCAGCAAAUAGUCGGAAUCAGGAGUGGUAUCAAACUCUAUCUACCGAACUCUGCUAUAUGAACAAUAUAAUGAUAUCUGUUUUCGGUGCAUACUCACAUUUGAAAUACUUCGAAGUCUUUAAUGAUCUUCUGAGCUGUUUUGCUGCUGGAGACAAGUAUUAACAUAGGAUACUAAUGCUUUUGGUCAGUGUUUUUUUUUACUGUGCUUUAAUCAACAUUUCUUAGAAUUUGCAGAAAUCUUAUUUUAGUAAUCUUACUAAUGUGCUUCGCUAAACUCUGGUUACCUUUGUAAAACAUAAA